AUGUUCAUCUUCACCAGUUCAGAGCACAGAAUCAUGUUCAUCUUCACCAGUUCAGAGCACAGAGUCAUGUUCAUCUUCACCAGUUCAGAGCACAGAGUCAUGUUCAUCUUUGAUGAGCCAGCCUCAGUGGACGUGCUGCUGACAAACCUCAUCGAGGGGAAUCUGCUUCCCUCUGCUCUCCUCUGGAUCAUCACCCGACCAGCAGCAGCCAAUCAGAUCCCUCUUAAGUAUUUGGACCAGGUGACAGAAAUUAGGGGAUUCAAUGACCCACAGAAGGAGGAGUACUUCAGGAAGAGAAUCAGCGAUGAGAAUGUGGCCAGCAGAACAGUCACACACCUAAAGUCAUCCAGGAGCCUCUACAUCAUGUGCCACAUUCCAGUCUUCUGCUGGAUUACAGCCACUGUUCAACAGCUGGAGAAGGGCAAUCUGAUCUUCUAUGAGGAGGACCUGAGAGAGUGUGGCAUUAAUGUCACAGAAGCAUCAGUGUACUCAGGAGUGUGUACUCAGAUCUUCAGAGAGGAGGCUGGGCUGUGCCAUGGGAGGGUGUUCAGCUUUGUGCAUCUGAGCAUCCAGGAGUUUCUUGCAGCUCUGUAUGUGUUCCUCUGCUUCAGCAACAGACAGAGAAACAUGCCUGACCAACAGCAAACCUCUCUGCUCUCUGCUCUGUUCAGAGCUGCAACACUUCAUGACCUAGACAAGACUGCAGUGGAUCUGGCCUUACAGAGUGAGAAAGGACACCUGGACCUUUUCCUCCGCUUCCUUCUGGGCCUCUCACUGGAGUCCAAACAGAAUCUUUUAAAACACCUACUGCCACAGAGAAGUAGCCAAUCAGAUAGCUCAGAACAAACAGUACAGUAUAUCAAACAGAAGAUCAGAGAUGAACAUUAUUCAAACAGAAUGAUCAACCUGGUUCUGUCUGAAUGAGCUGAAUCACCAUGCUGUAGUGGAGCUCAUUGACAAGAGCUCAGGUUCUCUGUCUGUAGUCAAUCUCUUACCUGGACAGUGGGAGACUAAGACAU